AUGCCCAGCCUCUCCGGGUCCCUCCAGGUGCCCUUCCUGGACUCCCUGGUCGCCCUCACCCCUCCGGAGCCCCCCCGGGAGGAGCUGGAGUGGAAUUACCCUCACUUCUACCCUCACGUGCUGUGGAGUGACCCCAAGCCCCAGGAGGGGUGCAGUCCCAACACCUUCGGGGGAGGCGGCUGCUACUUUGGGCCAGACGUGACCCAGCGCCUGCUGGACAGACACGGCCUGACUCUGCUCAUACGCUCCCACGAGUGUAAACAGGAGGGCUACGAACUGUGUCACCACGGAAAGGUGAUCACCAUCUUCUCAGCGUCUAACUACUAUGAGGAGGGCAGUAACCGUGGUGCCUACAUUAAGCUGGGCUCAGAACUGGUGCCGCGCUUCUACCAGUACCAGGUCAGCCGAUCCACCCGGAAACUCACGCUCACACAGAGGGUGAGUGUAGCAGAGGGGUCAGCUCUGAAGGCUCUGCAGGAGAAGCUGUUUACUCAUCGGUCAGAGCUCAUGGCUGGGUUUCAGCAGUAUGACCUGAACAACACUGGCUGCGUCUCCAUCAGCGAGUGGGCCCAGGUGGUGGAGGCCGUCCUGAGGCUGGACCUCCCCUGGAGGACCCUGCGCCCGCGCCUCGCCCGCCUGGCACCAGGUGGCAGCGUGGAGUACCAGUCCUGCUUCCAGGACAUGGACCUGGGCCAGCCACUCCCCAGGGUGACCCCCGGCCUGGCGGAGACCCUGUACAGAUACAGGACAGACCUGGAGAUCAUCUUCAACAUCAUAGACAAAGAUCAGUCAGGUCUAAUCUCCAUCGAGGAGUUCCGUCAAACCUGGCGCCUGUUCAGCACCCACCUGGGCGUCGCCGUGGACAACACUGCCAUCGAUGAGCUGGCAAGGAGCAUCGACUUCAACAAAGACGGCAGCAUCGACUUCAACGAGUUCCUGGAGGCUUUCAGGGUGGUGCACAAGUAGCAGAGCUGAGAGGGAUGGAGGGAGGGGAGCUCCACUGAUCCACCUGUGAGGUCCUGACUGGACAAGACUUGCCUCAGGGACACACACACAUUCUCUAUAAACCCUCAUGUAAACACAGACAGGAUGUCUCAUACACCGGAGAGUGUCUGGAAAGACUUUCCGGAGAAUUCUGUACCUUUCGGGAGCAUUUGGGGAAACAUGAGGAUUCUGGCGUUUUCUACAGCCACGCGCUGGGGGUGCCUGGGCUUGUAAAGCUGUUCCCUUGCCCCGCCCCAGCCCCUCGCACGUGAUGCCCAGCCUCUCCGGGUCCCUCCAGGUGCCCUUCCUGGACUCCCUGGUCGCCCUCACCCCUCCGGAGC